AUGAAAGGUGAUCCUGUGGCAACCAGCGAUCUUCGUGUUUCGGGCAUUGCCCCCAUGAAUGGCAACGGCGUGGCAAAUCACUCUGACGAGAUGAUCGAGUUCCCCCCCGAGUUUGCAACUUGGGCCCAAGAGCUCGGGAUCGAAGUCGGUGACAAUGUGGCGCUUGUGGAUAUUUUCAAGGCCCGCGAGAAAGGCCUGAAUUUCCGCCAAGCCUCCACCCUGUUCUCCACUGGGUUGGCCGUUUACGAAGAACGGGGUCACAACCUCUAUCGCCGCCAGCUGCAGGGCCCCAGCGACGCAAUGGCCAAAGUCGAUUACCCCCGCGAGGAUGGAACGCGGGAGAUGGUGAUCCUGGCAUCGAAUAACUAUCUCGGGCUCACGACCCAUCCGAAAGUGAUUCAAGCCGCGUGCGAUGCCGCCCAGACCUACGGCACGGGGGCCGGAUCUUCGCCGUUGCUGGUCGGAACCUUCCCGGUCACGGCCGAACUCGAGCGGAAACUGGCCCACUUCAAAGGCGUCGACGAAGCCUGCGUGUUCUCCUCGGGCUACGGAGCCAACGUGGGCGUGAUGUCGUCCGUCUGUGGUAAGAACGACCUAGUGGUCGUCGACCGCCUGGCCCAUGCUAGCAUUCUCGACGGUGCCAAACUGUCUGGCGCCAACGUGCGUGUGUUCCGUCACAACGACGCCAAGCAUCUCGAUCGGGUGCUUUCGCGAAGAACCAACACCUCGGGCACCACGCUGGUUGCCGUCGAAGGCAUUUACAGCAUGGACGGCGAUAUGGCGCCGCUCGACGAGCUGAUCGAGGUGACCAAGAAGCAUGGAGCCAUGCUGCUUGUGGACGAAGCCCAUUCGACCGGCGUCGUCGGUCCCGAUGGCAGUGGUGCGGUUGCCCAUUACGGCCUCACGAAAGACGUCGAUCUUAUCGUGGGUACGCUCAGCAAGUCGCUUGCUGCAAGUGGUGGUUUCGUCUGCGGCGACAGUUCCGCGAUCACUUACAUCCGCUACUUCGCCCGUUCGGCCAUGUUCUCAACAUGCAUUCCGCCCAUGACCGCGGCGGCUGCGGGUGCGGCCUUGGAUGUGAUUCACAACGAGCCCCAACUUCGCGAGCGGCUGUGGGAAAACUGCCGCUACAUGUACGGUGAGUUGAAGCGAAUGGGCUUCACCGUGGGUGACGGACCCAGCCCAAUCAUUCCUGUGAUUGUCGGCACGAUGGGGGCACUGCGGAAGAUGACCCUUGCCCUGCAUUGCGACAACAUCUGCGUCAACUCGGUGCCUUUCCCGGCCGUGGCUCAUGGCAGCGAACGCCUGCGAAUCAGCCUCACGGCCAACCACACGCUCGAUCAACUCGAACGUGCGUUGCAGUGCAUCGAAGCCGCGGGUAAAGAUGCCGGUCCUGCGAAGAUGUCAGAAAUCGUUGUGACCCCCGUUCGCUCGCGGAAAGACCGUUGGGCUUUCAUCGAGUUGCCCUGGUCGCUCUACCGAAACGACCCGAAUUGGGUUCCGCCAAUUCGCCAAAACAUCCGCGAGUUGGUGGGCUUCAAGCACCACCCAUUUCAUGAAGUAGCCGAGGUUGAGACUUUCCUCGCCCGGCGAGGUAAACGCGUGGUGGGCCGCAUCGCCGCCAUUCUUAAUCACGCCCAUAACAAGCAGCACAACGAGAACAUCGGAUUCUUUGGUUUCUUCGAGUCGAUCGAAGAUCAGCAAGUCGCCGAUGCAUUGUUUGCCGCAGUACGCGGCUGGCUAGCCGAGCGUGGCGUGACCAAAGUUCGUGGGCCGGCUAAUCCAUCGGUGAAUUAUGAGAUUGGCUUGUUGGUCGAAGGAUUCGACAGCCCGCCGACAUUCAUGAUGACGUACAACCCGCCGUUCUACGAACGGUUGGUGGUUGAUGCCGGUUUCGAGAAAUCGCAAGAUCUGCUGGCGUUCUUCGGUAUCUUGGACCAGUUGCCCGAGGUUCAGGCGAAGUACUCCGAGCUGGCUGAAAUGGCCCUGGAGCGUACCGGGGCGACCAUCCGCAGUAUCGACCGCCGACACUUCUUAAAAGAAGUACAGCGGUUCCUCAAACUCUACAACGAAUCGUUUGUACAGAUGUGGGGCUUCGUCCCCAUGAGCGAAGGUGAGGUAAAGCAUACAGCCGAAGCACUUCAAUACCUGCUCCUUCCAGAGCUGUCCCUCAUCGCCGAAGUCGAUGGCACCGAUGUCGGCUGUAUCUUCGCGUUGCCCGACUUCAAUCCAACAGUGAAGAAGAUCGAUGGUCGCCUGUUCCCUACGGGGUUCUUGAGACUCAUUCGGGCCAAACGUCGUGUAAAGCGUGUUCGAGUGCUUAGCAUCAAUGUCGUGCCGGAGUAUCAACGCUGGGGGCUCGGGCUCUCGUUGAUGAACGCCCUGGUGCCGGAAAGCCUGAAGAUUGGCAUUGAAGAGGCCGAAUUCUCCUGGGUCGCCGAAUCGAACACCCUGGCCUGCCAAGGCCUGAAAAAAGGUCCGUUCGGGCCAGAUGGAGUUGCCCACUUCAAUUUCUCUCUUCUCGCAACAGCAUUCUCUUCGAGGUCUCUCGUGAUACGACCGAGUGGCACUACCGUAGCUGCGCUGAAUCAAGUGAACGCGGCACUUAAGGAACUCGGUGCAACAUCACUGCGUUUAGCGACACUAAGUCGCGUCAACUCUGGCUACGAUGAUCCCGCGGCACUCAUUGCAGCAGAAUCGCUUCGCGACGAGUUGGCUGCGCUGGAAGCCGCCAGUCGAAAUACUUCGCGAGCCAGCUCGGUGAUUCGUCUUGCCGACAGCGGGCUCUCUGAAGUGGGCGAUUUGCUGCGGGAUAUCCGAGCCAACGUAGUCUCGGCCGGCAACUCCACGCUUAGCCCUGCGGAAAGGGAAGCACUCCAGAUCGAUACCAACGCUGCCCUUGAGGCCAUCAACCGCAUUGGCAGUUACACCAGCUAUGGUGGUACGAAGCUACUCGAUGGCAGCAACCCCGAACUCUCUUUCGCACUCUCAGGCGAUCCUUCGAAUUUGGCCACGUUCGAACUUCCACAAGUCAGCACCGAAGUGCUCGGCGGAACCGCAGGCGUUCUCAGCAGCCUUGCCGCCGGUGGUGCCGCAAACCUGGUCGAUGGGGACUUGAGCCAAGCCGUGGAGAUCCUCGAUGCCGCCAGCGACGAAGUGCUGGAAGCCCGAGCAGAGCUUGGGGCAUUCGAGAAGUACACGAUUGAAAGUACUUCCCGCGUGAUCGACACGACGUUUGAUAACCUCAGCAGUCCCAAAUCCUCGGUGAAGUCUCCAUCGCCGCCUUAA